UUCGACGUGCCUCAGAGAUACCUGGUGUCGCCAUGGGCCGCCGCCCCGCUCGUUGUUACCGGUAUUGCAAGAAUAAGCCGUAUCCAAAGUCUCGCUUUUGCCGAGGUGUCCCUGAUGCCAAGAUCCGUAUCUUUGACUUGGGUCGGAAGAAGGCAAGAGUGGAUGAGUUCCCACUCUGUGGACACAUAGUGUCUGAUGAGUAUGAGCAGCUCUCUUCUGAAGCCCUGGAGGCCGCCCGAAUUUGUGCCAACAAGUACAUGGUGAAAAGUUGUGGCAAAGAUGGCUUUCACAUCCGAGUGCGACUCCAUCCAUUACAUGUUAUCCGCAUCAACAAGGUGUUGUCCUGUGCUGGGGCUGACAGACUCCAGACAGGUAUGCGAGGUGCCUUUGGAAAACCCCAGGGUACAGUGGCCAGAGUCCACAUUGGUCAAGUCAUCAUGUCCAUCCGCACCAAGCUUCAGAACAAGGAACAUGUGAUUGAAGCCUUACGCAGGGCCAAGUUCAAGUUCCCUGGGCGCCAGAAGAUUCAUAUCUCCAAGAAAUGGGGAUUUACCAAGUUUAAUGCUGAUGAAUUUGAAGACAAAGUGGCAAAGAAGUGCCUCAUCCCGGAUGGUUGUGGAGUCAAAUACAUCCCCAGCCGUGGCCCUCUGGAUAAGUGGCAAGCUCUGCACUUGUGAGAUCUUUUGAUAGCACUGGCAAUUUUGACCAUGCUGUUCUGACUUUUGCUCACCAAUAAAUUU